UGAAUCCAAUGACGUAGGUAGACCUUGGGAAAUGACUGUGCUUUUGUAGUAGGGAGCUAACUUUAGCUAGAGUGAUAGCGGCUCGGCGAAUUGUCAGGCGUAGAGGAAGAAAAGUAUUCGAGUGCCAACACGUCUUUUCGGACACAUUGCUCUUCAUAAGCCUUUAUUUUUGUUUUUAUUUUUUGUUUUUUAUUGAAACGUCUCGACAAAGCGGUGAAAGCUAACUUCAACUAACAGGCUACCUAGCGUGACUACAACUUGCCCGGGUUGACGUAACCAUUUGACUGUCGUAAGGAAUUUUAGCCGAAAAUCUCUACGAAAUUUCUCUACCAGCAAACUAUAAGUCCAACAUUUUGGCUGGCGCAAUAAAGCUAGCCGUUUAUUUUUCAAUUUUAGCAGUAUGAAAAGUGCAGCGAGUGAUACUUUGGGGUUUGUUCCGCAAAAGGAUAUUGUAUACAACAAACUUCUGCCGUAUGCCGAUAAGCUCGAUGAAGAAUCCAAUGAUAUUUUAAGUAAAAUAAAAGGAAACCUCGGUCGAGCUGUCCAGUUGAGAGAGAUAUGGCCCGGUGUGCUGUUUUGGACGAGGAAACUUUCCACGUACAUUCGCUUGUAUGGACGAAAGUUCAGCAAAGAAGACCAUGUGCUUUUUAUCAAGUUGCUCUACGAGCUAGUGACUAUCCCAAAACUGGAGAUCAGCAUGAUGCAGGGCCUUGCUCGGCUACUCAUCAACCUCCUCAAGAAAAGAGAGCUACUUUCAAGGGAAGACCUUGAAUUGCCUUGGAGACCGUUGUACGAGUUGCACGACAGGAUUCUCUUUUCAAAGACGGAGCACUUGGGCCUCAACUGGUUUCCCAACUCCGUUGAAGGUGUGUUGAAGACCCUCGUGAAAAGUUGCAGGCCGUAUUUUCCAGAGUGUGCUACUCAGGAGAUGUUGGAUGAGUGGAGGCCGCUGUUUUGCCCUUUUGAUGUCACCAUGCAAAGGGCAAUAAGCUAUUUUGAACUGUUUUUACCCACAACACUACCCCCUGACCUCCACCAUAAGGGAUUCAAGUUGUGGUUUGAUGAGUUGAUCAACUUAUGGAUGUCUGUGCAAAGCCUUCCAAGCUGGGAACUUCACUUGGUGAAUCUGUUUUCCCGGCUGGCAAAUGACAACAUUGGCUACAUCGACUGGGAUCCUUACAUCCCAAAGAUUUUCACAAGGAUUUUGAGAAGUCUAAAUCUUCCGGUGGGAACCAGUCAGAUGAUGGUACCACGAUACCUCACCAAUGCCUAUGACAUUGGCCAUGUGGUGCUUUGGAUAACAUCACUUCUGGGUGGACCUAGCAAACAAGCACAAGCACAGCUGAGUGGCCUUUUUAACAGCAUUACAUCAUUUUUCCACCCAUCUAAUCAUGGACGCUGGUUGAUGAAACUAAUGAAGCUGCUGCAGCGUCUACCAGCAAGUGUGGUUCGACGGCUGCACCGGGAGCGCUACAGAAAGCCCACAUGGCAAACACCAGUCCCAGACAGCCACAAGCUCACAGAAGAUGACAUCACCGACUUCGUUCAGAGCAUGAUGCAGCCGGUUCUGCUUGCCAUGUUUAGCAAAACGGGGAGUCUGGAUGCUGCCCAGGCCCUGCAGAAUCUUGCUUUAAUGAGACCAGAGCUGGUCAUUCCUCCUGUGUUGGAAAAAACCUACCCAGCUCUGGAAACUCUUACUGAGCCGCACCAGCUGACAGCCACUCUAAGCUGCAUGAUUUGUGUGGCACGAAGCCUUGUGUCAGGUGGGCGAUUCUUUCCUGAAGGCCCCACGCACAUGCUUCCCCUUCUCAUGAGGUCCCUGCCGGGCGUGGACCCAAAUGACUUCAGCAAGUGCAUGAUCACAUUCCAGUUUAUUGCAACAUUUGUGACUCUUGUGCCUUUGGUUGACUGCUCGUCAGCCUUGAAUGAAAGAACUGACCUUACUGAGGUGGAAAGGGAGAUGUGUUCAGCUUCUGCAGAGUUCGAAGACUUUGUGCUUCAGUUCAUGGACAGAUGCUUUGCCCUCAUCGACAGUAGCACUCUGGAGCAAACACGUGAAGAAACAGAAACCGAAAAAAUGACUCACGUGGAGAGUUUGGUUGAGCUGGGACUGUCAUCCACCUUCAGCACCAUCCUGACGCAGUGUUCCCUGGACAUUUUCAAGGUGGCCCUGGAUAAGGUUUUCAACUUCGCAACCACCAACAUUUUUGAGACUCGUGUUGCUGGAAGAAUGGUGGCAGACAUGUGCAGAGCAGCUUCCAAGUGUCACCCUGAAGAGUCACUGAAAAAAUUUGUUCCUCAUUGCUGCAGAGAAAUAAACCAAAUUGCUGUCAAUGAAGAAGUGUUGAAUGAGGAGGAGCUUGAUAAAGAGUUGCUGUGGAACCUUCAGCUGCUGUCUGAGGUGACACGAGUGGACGGUGACAAGAUCCUUCAGUAUCGCUCAGAACUGGUCCAAAUUUUGCAGUUGACUCUUCACCUAAAGUGCAAGCAGGGCUACAUUCUUGCUUGCAACCUCCUGCACCACAUCCUUCGUUCAACCGUCCUGGUUUAUCCUACGGAGUAUUGCAGUGUGCCAGGAGGGUUCUGCAAGCCAAUUAGCGAGUAUUUACCCAUUAAGGAUUGGGGUCGGCCCGGCGACCUCUGGAACCUUGACAUCAGGUGGCAUGUUCCAUCCAAGGAGGAGACAUUGUUUGCUUUCUAUUUGCUGGACUUGAUCCUCCAGCCUGAACUUCAGCGCCUUCAAAGAUUUGCUCAAGGGGAGCAAGAAAUGAGCAGGGAUGAUGUCCUCCAGAGCUUGACCAUAGUUCAGCACUGUCUCCUUGGAGCGGGGGGCCUUAUGCCUCCUCUGAAAGGCGAGCCCAUCCCUGAACUGGUUCACAGUAUGGUAAAUCUUGAUGAAACCAAUCUUUUCACCGGAGUUGAGUAUGAUGAGUCCAGAGAGAACUACAGGGAGGCCAUCUGCAGUGUGAUCCGGCCUCUGCUUCACUACAUUCUGGAGCACAGUGAAGAUGACACUAAGUCUCUGUUCUCCAUAAUCAAGAUCAUCAGUGACCUCAUGCAGUUCAAAGGAUCUCAAAAACAUGAGUUUGACUCCAGAUGGAAGAGCUUCAAUCUUGUGAAGAAGUCGAUGGAAAACAGACUACAUGGAAGAAAGCAGCACAUUCGAGCUCUGCUAAUAGACAGGGUGAUGCUGCAACAUGAGCUUCGCAAGCUCACAGUUGAAGGAUGUCAAUACAGAGGCGUCCACCAGCUGUUGAUGAGAGACUUGCUCAGGUUAUCUACAAGCACCUACAGUCAAGUACGAAGCAGAGCUCAAAAUGUGCUAUUUGUUGCACUUGGAACCUACAACUUCUGCUGCAGAGACCUUAUCCCACAUGUUCUUGAGUAUCUGAACCCAGAAAACAACUCUGUCACUCAGCAGCAGUUCAAGGGUGCCUUGUAUUGUCUUUUGGGGAACCAUGGCGGAGUGUGCUUAGCCAAUUUGCACGACUGGGAGUGCAUCGCUCUCACUUGGCCAGCCAUUGUGCGCUCUGGACUCAGCUCAGCCAUGUCUUUGGAAAAGCCCUCCAUUGUGCGUCUGUUUGAUGACCUCGCUGACAAAAUACAUCGUCAGUACGAGACCAUAGGAAUCGACUUCUCAGUCCCAAAUGAGUGCUUUGUUGUUUCAAAACAACUCAUGGUUGCUGGACACCCAUUUCCAGAGGAGCCAGUUCCUUCAGAAGAAGAUGUCGCCGAAGGUCUGCAAAGACAGGAAGUCAAAAACAGCGAGUCUGUUGCAAAGUACAAAAAGCUGAUUGGCGAUCUGCUUGACUGCCUGGGCAACAGAAACAUGCCUUGGAAGUUUGAGCACAUUGCAAUUGGCUUCAUGUCAUUGCUUCUGAGGGACGACCACCAACUUCCACCAGCUGCUGUCAUGUUCUUCGUCAAGAGCCUCAACCAUGACUCCCUCUAUGUCCGCAAGGUGGCAAUAUCAGCCGUGGCGGGAAUCAUGAAGCAAAUAAAGCGACCACAUAAAAAGGUUCCCGUGAGCCCUCUGCAGCUUUGUGGAGUCAAGGAGCUCAGCAGCACCAUGGCCGGCGACCGAUCUGACAACAAGUGGCUGCAAUAUAACAGCAGCAAUCUACCGUUGACACAGCAGGAUUGGGAUCAAAGUGUCUUUGUGGAAAAGACUCACUGGGGAUACUACUGCUGGCCAAGAAAGCUGAUGAUGUAUGCUCCCCUGGAGGACCAACCCAAGCAGAGCCCGACCAGGGAAGAGAUGACAGAGCGGGAGCAGAUCAUCUUCGACCACUUCUCUGACCCCGUGUUCAUCAAUCAGUUUAUCGAAUUCCUCUCUCUCGAAGACAGAAAAGGCAAAGACAAGUUCAGCCCUCGCCGAUUCUGUUUGUUCAAGGGUUUGUUCCGCAAUUUCCAGGACUUGUUCUUGUCUGUACUGCGACCUCAUCUGGAGCGCCUUGUCAUCGACUCUCACGAGAGCAAGCAGCGUUGUGUGGCAGAAAUUAUAUCUGGGUUAAUCAGAGGCUGUAAACACUGGAACUUCAGCAAGGUCGAGAAUCUGUGGCAGCUGUUGUGUCCACUUCUUCGCACCGCCCUGUCCAACAUCACAAUAGAGACUUAUGCCGACUGGGGGACUUGCAUUGCCACAGCCUGUGAGAGCAGAGACCCUCGUAAACUUCACUGGCUGUUUGAGAUGUUGAUGGAGUCUCCGGUCAAUGGGGAGGGAGGCUCUUUUGUUGAUGCUUGUCGCCUUUACGUUCUGCAAGGAGGCCUUGCCCAGCAGGAGUGGCGCGUGCCAGAGCUUCUCCACAGGUUGUUACAAUACCUGGAGCCCAAACUCACACAGGUGUACAAGAAUGUCCGGGAGCGAAUUGGGAGUGUGCUCACCUACAUCUUCAUGAUCGACAUCAACCUGCCAUCAACUCAUCCCACCACCUCGCCGCGCAUUUCUGAUUUUACCGAGCGGAUUUUGUGUCAACUGAAGCCCCUUACUGAAGGUGACGAAGAAAUCCAGAACCAUGUCAUUGAAGAGAGCGAAGUUGCAGAGCAGGAUGAGAGAACACGAGCAAUAAAACUCCUUAAAACAGUCUUAAAGUGGCUCAUUGCAAGUGCAGGCCGUUCCCUCUCCACUGCGGUGCCAGAGCAGCUCCUCUUUCUGCCUCUGCUCUUCAAGAUUGCCCCAGUGGAGAAUGAUGAUAGCUACGAUGAACUGAAGAAGGACGCAAAGACGUGUUUGUCACUGAUGUCACAGGGACUCCUCUACCCCGAGCAGAUUCCCAUGGUGCUGAGCGUCCUACAGGAGAUCGCUGGCAGCAGUUCCUGGCACGCUCGCUACACGGUGCUCACAUACCUGCAGAUCAUGGUUUUUUACAACCUGUUCACCUUCAUGAACGACCAGAAAGCUCUCAGUGACGUCCGCGUGCUGGUCAUCAGUCUACUGGAGGAUGAGCAGCUGGAGGUCAGAGAAAUGGCUGCUACCACACUCAGUGGCUUCCUUCAGUGCAAUUUCCUCUCCAUGGAUGUGUCAAUGCAGUCACAUUUCGAAGCUCUCUGCAAGACCCGCCUGCCGAAGAAACGGAAACGAGAACUAGGCGCCGUAGUGGACACUGUACCUCCUGCUAACCUGGUGCGACGCCACGCGGGGGUGCUGGGGUUAAGUGCUUGCAUUCUGUCAAGUCCGUAUGAUGUCCCAAACUGGAUGCCCCAACUGCUGAUGGACCUGAGUGCUCACCUGAACGAUACCCAACCCAUUGAGAUGACAGUGAAGAAAACCCUGUCCAAUUUCCGGCGGACUCACCAUGACAACUGGCAGCAGCAUAAACAGCAGUUCACCGACGACCAGCUGCUGGUUCUGACCGAUCUGUUGGUCUCGCCAUGUUACUAUGCCUGAAAACCUGGUAAAAUCUCAGAUCACGUAUGGGCACUCUGAGUCGACCCUGAUUUUUCUGAGAACAUGUCUCAUCCUCCUCCAGACACCAGCCUAUAUAGAAAGCCUGACCCUCACUGAAGAGACUGCAGCAUGAGCGAGACUGAUUGUAUUUAUGUACCUAGCUCCUUUUCUACUAUACUUAAUAUUUAAGGAUGUAUCAUGGCAGGAGUGUCCGACCUGCCCAAUGUAACAUUUCUGUAUAGUUUUCUCGGUUCGUUUGUCGGCGUGUGGAGUUCACUUGAAGCCGUUUACGUGUCCCAAACAUUUCUCAGGAUUUUAUUGGACAUGACAACGCUGAGCCAACAUGAUGUCCUGGUGGUGCACAUAUGCACUCGCCGUCAUCGUCUACACAGAGAACUGAGCUCUAGUUUGGAGUGCGUGGCAAUGUUUGUGCGACUGUUGGAUUCACGUGUUCAUGCUGCAUAUGUAUUUAUUUUAAUUUUGAAGUGACACGUUGAAGUUCACAUUAGAAUGAUGUGUCAGAGUUGAAGUAGGUACCGACGGUUGGCUUUUUUGUUUCUCAGAUCAUUGUUUGUCUUCGCUGCGAAGAGAGGGAGAGAGCUCACUCCCCCUCCUGAAAUGCUGCGUUUGCCGUUUGCUGUCACCUCCACAACACGCUUCUGGAAGUGCAAAGUUUCUUGAACUUAAUCUUUUGAUUUCACAACGAUGUCAUUGACUUCCAUCCGUGUAUGUUUGCCCAGUUUGACAUGAAAUAACUAAAGCAUUUAGAACCUCAAUGCUGUAUAGUGUAGUGCCAAAACUGCAGUGGUUUCUCAUUUCAUUAUUUUUAGAUCUGCUGUCGGCCUCUUUCAGGAGAUGAAAAUAAAUUGUU